CCAACUACCACCAUUCCGUCUCUACCAGACACACAUACACACACCGCAACAACCCAGCCUGAACCGUCUCCUUAUAAAACCCUCACCAAACUCCACACACCCUCUUCAACACCCACAAAACCUGUGUGACUCCUCACACCCAAAAUCCAAACACCAUUUCUACAACAUCAUUGUCAUUCUCUCUUUCUCUCUCUCUUCACAAUAACAAUGGCAAUCUCCUCAACUUCUAACUCUCUCAUUCCCACCAAAUCUCUCAUCCCCCAAUCCAACCCUCUCCUUCCAUCCACAAACAUCAGGCCUUCCCUCAAGCCCAGGCCCGGCCCAUCUCCUUCCAUCUUUGCAGUCCACGCCGCCGAGCCCGCCAAAAACCCCGUCGUCUCUGACAAGCCCAAGCCCCAGUCCCCGCCUGCCCCGGCCCGGCCCGGAAAAUGGGCCGUGGACAGCUGGACGGCGAAGAAGGCCCUGCAGCUGCCCGAGUACCCGAGCAAGGAGGAUCUGGAGUCCGUUCUCCACACGCUCGAGGCGUUUCCGCCUAUCGUCUUCGCCGGCGAGGCACGGACGCUGGAGGAACGCCUUGGCGAAGCUGCUCUCGGAAAUGCCUUCCUACUCCAAGGCGGUGACUGCGCCGAAAGCUUCAAGGAGUUCAAUGCCAACAACAUCCGUGACACCUUCCGAAUCCUCCUCCAGAUGAGCGUCGUCAUGAUGUUCGGCGGCCAAAUGCCCGUCAUCAAGGUGGGGAGAAUGGCUGGGCAGUUUGCGAAGCCGAGAUCGGAUUCGUUUGAGGAGAAGAACGGCGUGAAGCUUCCGAGUUACAGAGGGGAUAAUAUUAACGGAGAUGCGUUUGAUGAAAAGUCAAGGAUUCCAGAUCCGCAGAGGAUGAUCAGGGCUUAUUGUCAAGCUGCAGCUACGCUUAAUCUUCUCAGAGCUUUCGCUACUGGAGGUUAUGCCGCUAUGCAGAGGGUUACUCAAUGGAAUUUGGACUUCACCGAGCACAGUGAACAGGGAGAUAGGUACCGUGAGCUUGCUAACCGAGUUGAUGAGGCUCUUGGAUUCAUGGCUGCUGCUGGGCUCACAGUGGACCAUCCAAUCAUGAAAACAACCGAAUUUUGGACAUCUCAUGAGUGCUUAUUGUUGCCAUAUGAACAAUCCCUCACUAGGCUGGAUUCAACUUCUGGUCUCUACUAUGAUUGCUCAGCCCAUAUGCUUUGGGUUGGAGAACGAACCAGACAGCUCGAUGGUGCGCAUGUUGAGUUUCUAAGAGGAGUUGCUAACCCCUUGGGAAUUAAGGUAAGUGAUAAGAUGGAUCCAAAUGAGCUUGUUAAACUCAUUGAGAUCUUGAAUCCCCAAAACAAACCAGGGAGAAUCACUGUGAUCACUAGGAUGGGAGCUGAAAAUAUGAGGGUGAAGCUUCCACAUCUCAUCAGGGCAGUGCGCAGGGCAGGACAAAUUGUCACUUGGGUCAGUGAUCCUAUGCACGGAAACACCAUUAAGGCUCCCUGUGGUCUUAAAACUCGCCCCUUCGAUUCCAUCAGGGCUGAAGUGAGAGCAUUCUUCGAUGUGCACGAGCAAGAAGGAAGCCACCCAGGAGGGGUUCAUCUAGAGAUGACGGGUCAAAAUGUGACUGAGUGCAUUGGUGGAUCAAGAACAGUGACAUUUGAUGACUUGAGCUCUCGUUACCACACACACUGUGACCCAAGGCUCAAUGCUUCACAAUCUCUCGAGCUUGCUUUCAUCAUCGCUGAGCGUUUGAGAAAGAGCAGGAUGAGAUCGCAGCAAGCAAGUGCCCCUUUAGGACUGUAAAAGCGCCUCCAAAAUCCAACGAGAGAAAAUAUCUUUGUUCUUUUUUCCCCUACAUAUUUAUUAACGUCACUUUUAUGCUGCAUGUGGAUUUGUUGUGUUGUGUAAUGUGUAUACUAUUAUUACCUAGUAAUGAGUUUGAACUGCCAAGGACAAGAGUACUUCUGUUAAUAAUAAUGAAACGAAAACGUUUCUAUUAUGUUUCCUA